UUACGAAAAGGGAAAGCUGGAGUUCGGUGCUCGGAGCGCAUUUUUUACAAGAAAGAUACGUGUUGUGUGGCAUCGGUUGAACCUUUUUUCGCAAGUAUUUCGUGCGGCCGAUGACAUCGUCGCAGGAUGCGUGCUACAUCUCCCUGCUGGGACUGUCGGAGUACUUUCGCACCUCGUCCCCGCCGGACAUCAAGAAGUGCAUCCAAUGUUUGCAGGCGCUGUUUACGUUCAAGCCUCCGCUCAAGGUGGAAGCCCGGACUCAUCUCCAACUCGGCCAGAUACUGAUGGCCUACACCAAGAACACCGAUCUGGCCAAGAACCAUCUCGAGCAGGCGUGGAUUCUAUCGGAGAACAUCAACAACUUUGACGACGUUAAAUUCGACACCGCUAGCCUGCUGGCUCAGCUCUACCAGCAGCAGGACCAGAGUUCGCUGGCCAAACCCGUCCUCCGGAAGGCGAUCGAGCUGUCGCAGCACAACGUGUACUGGCAUUGCAAGCUACUGUUUCAGCUGGCGCAAACCCAUGCCACCGAUAAGGAGUACACGCUCGCCUCGGAACUGUUGGCCGUGGGCGUCGAGUCAACUGACGAAUCGAAUGCCACUUACCUGAAAUCAUUGUUCCUGCUGAGCCGAGCCAUGAUUAUGAUGAUCGAGCGGAAGACGAAUGAUGUGCUUGCGAUCCUAAACCAAGCCGGUCCCAUCAUUGACCACUCGAUCCAGAACGUGCACCUGAAGGAGUAUCUUAAGGUGUUUUUCUACGUGCUCCAGGUUUGCCAUUAUUUGCAGCUUGGGCAAGUAAAAACGGUGAAAACCAGCCUGAAGCAGCUGCAGCAGAGCAUUCAGACAAUCAUGGCCGCUAACUGGCCCUCGGAUGAGCAAAUAUUCGGGCAAAAUAGUACAGAAAUGUUUAUGUGGUUACCGAAAGAGCAACUGUACGUGCUCGUGUACCUCGUGACCGUGUCUCACUCAAUGAUGGCUGGUUACAUGGACAAGGCGCAAAAGUACACCGAAAAAGCGUUGACGCAGAUCGAGAAACUGAAAUCUCAGGAAAACAAACCGAUUCUGGCCGUGUUUCAAAUCAUCCUGCUGGAGCAUAUUAUCAUGUGUCGGUUAGUGAUGGGGAAUAAGUCGCUCGCAAUCAAGGAGAUUGCACUGGCCAAGGAUGUUUGCCUGUCGUCGUCGCACAAGUUUCUGCUGAAAAAGCACGCGCCGCAACUACAUUGUCUACUGGGAUUGUACGCAAUGUCUACUAGCUUGUUCGAGCACGCAGAGAAGCAGUUUUACGCCUGCAUUCAGGACACAACGGAGCGGGAGUUGAAACUGUUUGCCAACCUCAACCUGGCCAUCGUGUAUCUGCGGACAAAGAGGGAACAGGACCUGCGGAAUAUCCUUGAGCAGAUACAGCAAGAGAACUCGCAGUGCUCCAACAGUCAGGCACUGAUGGGAAGCUUCUAUUACGUCCAGGGAUUGAACGCGUUCCACAAGAGCAGUUUCCACGAGGCCAAGAGAUUCCUGCGUGAAACGCUCAAGAUGGCCAACGCCGAGGAUCUGAACCGUCUCACGUCCUGUUCGCUGGUAUUGCUCAGCCACGUGUUCCUUAGCAUUGGUAAUUCGCGCGAGAGCAUGAACAUGGUGACGCCGGCGAUGCAACUCGCCUCCAAGAUACCCGACAUCCACGUGCAGCUGUGGGGCAGUGCCAUACUGAAGGAUCUUCAUCGAAUGCUCAAGGAGCCGACGCAGGAGGUCGAAGCGUACAACAAUCACGUCAAUUUUUCGCAAAACCUAAUCGCCGAUCAGCUCAAAUGUACCAAGUUUCCCGAGCAUACACUCAUUAACUGGUUCCAAGGUGAUCCCCCGUUACCGAUGCUCUCGCAGGAUCUCGUCCAACCGAUGGGAGUCGCACCGUCCGGUUCCGGAACGGCAGCCCUGGUAGCCAAUGCCACCGGCGGUACGCCGCAGAAACAGCAAUCCGGUGCUACCUUCGUACGAUUACCAGGUACAGUCAACCAGCAGGUCAUGUUUCAGUAGCAUUUCGACAAAGAAGAGAUUAAGGAAACGAAUAUCGUUGAGUCGAUUGGAUGGGCGCAUUCAUCGAUCCGUGGAAACUGAAAUAAACAAGUAAA